GAGCGAGCGGACUUGCGUGGAUGCUUGGCGAGAGCUCUGCGACCGCCUUUCCCCUCUGCAAACAAGUUUGCCCGAGUAAAGUUUUACCGAAACGACUUGGACUGACAUUGAACUGAAACGGGGAUGGAGGCACCUAACGUCUGCUUGUGGUAUUUGCUGAUCAGCAUUUUAGGGGGUUUGACCAUUGGACUGGAGAUAACAUCCACAGGGCCGACAUCCAUCGAGAAAGCCAGCGGUGAAACCGUAAAGCUAGAAUGCAUGUUUACUUUAAGCCCUGAGGAUUCUGGACCGUUGGAUAUUGAAUGGAGCCGUCUGUCGCCAGACAACCAGAAGGAGGACAAAGUGGUGAUCCUGUACUCGGCCGACAGGGCCUACGAGGACUAUCCCGCUAUGAAGGGGCGAGUACACUUCAAUUCAGCCGACCCCAAAAACGGAGAUGCCUCCAUCAACCUGACAGGCCUGAAGUCGUCGGACUCUGGCACUUUCCAGUGUAAAGUGAAGAAGGCUCCUGGCAUUCGUGGCAGAAAGAUGCUGCUGAUUGUCAUGGUUAAGCCAUCCAAGCCCAGGUGCUAUGCUGAAGGACAGACACAGGAGGGCAAAGACAUUGUUCUCCGGUGUACCUCCAACGAGGGCACCCAACCCAUGCAAUACGGCUGGGAGAAGACCAGUAAUGGAAAAGUGCUGCCUGCUUCCGGUGUGCUAGACCCAGUGGGAGGUACCCUUAAUGUGAGGAACGCAUCUGCCAGCGCAUCUGGCACAUACCGCUGCUCCGCCACCAACCGGGUCGGAAGCGAGGACUGUAUACUCUAUCUCAAUGUCACGCCUCCUCCCAAUACCGCCGGCAUCAUCGCAGGAUCCAUAAUUCUUGUACUGCUGAUCCUCAUCAUUAUCGCCAUCAUACUCUUCUGCUGUUGCCGUGCCCGACACAGGAAGAAGUAUGAGAAGGAAAUCUGCAAUGAGAUAAGAGAGGACGUUCCUCCCCCCAAGAGUCGCGUUUCAACGGCGCGUAGCUUCACAGUGGGUAGCCAGCGUUCCUCUCUCGGCUCCAUGUCACCUUCCAACCUGCACGAGUACGCCCUGAAACCCCAGUAUGACAAGAUCCCCUCGUCGGAGGAAGACAGACCUCCAAGCCACACCCCUUUGCCCCCACCCACCGCUCCCAGGAUGGCGGGCCCCAACCUCAGUCGCAUGGGGGCCAUCCCCGUCAUGAUCCCUGCCCAGAACAGGGACGGCUCCAUCGUUUAACGUGGCCUCCUCUUGCAGAGGGGACGGCAAGACCAAGGGGAGGGACCAGAGCAAGGGAGUGGGGGGAAAAGCCACCUAAGAUGAAGCUGGAGUUUCAAAUGAGACAAAAUGAGAACUUACUCCUCCAAUGAAGACCUGACUGCUGUGGUGCUGAGAAGAGAAAUUUACCGAAGUCACGCCAGAGCACAUAGACUUUUUUUUUUUUUUUUUUUUUUAAA